ACACACGCCUCGAAGCCGCGACACGGAAGAACACACCACUGCGCUGUACCGUCGUCACACGCGGACCGGAAGCAGUCAGGUGCUACACCGGAAAUCCCUUCUGUUGACGAUCGUGUGUUUGUUUUUUUCGGCUUCUCCCUUCGCCGUUUUUCUCGUCUCUUUUUUUACCGGUUCUCGGUUGAUUCACUGCGUCGAGACGCAUCUUCAACACAAACACACCGCUCGCGUUGGACCGGAGGAUCCCGUACAGACACCGAGUCAUUGUCUCAGCUGUAGUCGGGCCCGAGGCUGGGCUAACGUUAGCCUAGCAUUCAGUCAAGUCCUGCUAGCUGGCGUUAGCUUGUGUUAGCUGUCAGACCACAGAGUGAAGACAGCCGCUCACUCGCUUAAACUCAUUUGUGGGAUAGGUUAUAAACAGAUAUUUAGAAAACAUGGCGGUUGUCAACGAAGCUGCGCUGAAGAAAAUGCUGAAGUCAUACAAAUACAGGGAUCUGACUGUUCGUGAGAUAACCAACGUCAUCUCCCAGUACAAGGACCUGAAGCCAGUUAUGGACGCUUAUGUGUUCAACGACGGCUCCACAAGAGACCUGAUGAGCUUGACAGGCACCGUCCCAGUGAGCUACAGAGGCAAUGUCUACAACAUCCCAGUGUGUCUGUGGUUGCUUGACACAUACCCCUACAACCCUCCCAUUUGUUUUGUCAAACCCACCAAUGCCAUGAUGAUCAAAACUGGCAAGCACAUCGAUGCCAAUGGCAAGAUCUACCUGCCUUAUCUACAUGAGUGGAAGCAUCCCCAGUCAGACCUGUAUGGUCUCAUUCAGGUGAUGAUUGUGGUGUUUGGAGAGGAGCCUCCUGUGUUUUCUCGCCCCACUACACAAGCCCCUUACCAAUCCUUCCAGGCAGCUGGACCCCCAAACCCCUCCUACAUGCCUGGUAUGCCCGCAGUGUCACCAUACGGUCCAAACGCUAACCCAGGAGGCUAUCCAGGAUACCCAGGGUACCCAGGGGGCAACUCAUACCCAGCCACUGGCGGCCCUGCACACUACCCCACCCAGACCCCAGUCUCCACAGUUGGUCCAAGCCGGGAUGGCACCAUUGGUGAGGACACCAUCCGCGCAUCUCUGAUUUCAGCAGUAAGUGACAAACUUCGCUGGAGGAUGAAGGAGGAGAUGGACAGAGCUCAGGCUGAGCUGGACGCCCUGAAGCGAACGGAGGAAGACCUGAAGAAAGGACAUCAGAAACUGGAGGAGAUGGUCUCAAGACUGGACCAGGAAGUGACGGAGGUUGACAGAAACAUUGAGCUGCUGAAGAGAAAGGACGAGGAGCUGAGCGAGGCCUUGGAGAAGAUGGAGAACCAGUCGGAGAACAAUGACAUUGAUGAUGUCAUUGUGCCAACCGCUCCUCUUUACAAACAGAUUCUGAACCUGUACGCUGAGGAGAACGCAAUCGAAGAUACUAUCUUCUAUCUGGGAGAGGCUCUCCGCAGGGGGGUCAUUGACCUGGAAGUUUUCCUAAAGCACGUACGCCUCCUGUCCAGGAAGCAGUUCCAGCUUCGUGCCCUCAUGCAGAAAGCCCGCAAGACUGCCGGCCUCAGCGACCUCUACUGAUUCCCACACACUACCUGGAAGCGUUCGUAUCUUCAAUCUCUCUUCCUUUCCCUUCUUUCCCUUUUUGUUUUAUUCCCUCCUUUAACGUCUUCUUUUAUUUUAAAUCGCUGCUCCUUUUUUAUAAAAAUUCACUAUGAAAUCUGAAAGAAACCGGAACAGCAACGCUUAAGAACAAUUGGACUGUUGUGUUUAGCACAGUGAAACUUCAAACUGUAUGGCCACAGUUGUAGUGUUACACCAUUUGUAUUUUGAUCUGACCAAAUACUUCUUUGAGAUCAUUAUGCGUCAACGGUCAUGAACCAGACACGACAAAUGAUUAACUGUGGUUGACACGAAAACAUUCGCCAUACAGGUAAAAGUGAGCUGCGAGCUUAUUCUGUGUAUGAUGUGUGUGAGUGUUUGUGGUGAAGCUGGGUUGUGCGUUAUUGUGUCGACAUGUUUAUGCUGCAUUACACCGUGGUCUACAGGUUUUUGCUCUUUGCCAGACAAAGUCAUUUGGCUAGUAAGCACAAAUUGUCAGGGGCUAGUGGCGAGGGGCUUUGUAGAGAGCCCCAUGUGUCCGCUGUCCCACACCCCUCAUAUUGAAAAGGUUGGGCUGUGAUAUAAAUACCCAGGGCAACCUUUCAGGAAGGGCGGGGGUUCAGCCUCAGGAUUUAGUUCUGCCUGGGGUCUGGGUCAUGUUCAGGAGCCAUGGAGUCAACUGAAUCUCCUCUCAUACAGUAGACGUGAUGAUCAACAUGGCCCUGAACUGUAUUUCUAUGUUGUUUGGAUCUAUCAAUGAGCUGAAUUCUUGUGAGCACCAUCCACUUACCCACACUCCUCUUUAUUUUUCCCUCAUCUAUGUUUUGUCUUCAUGAUGGUGUGAGUGAGGCUGUUUGAUCGCAUGUCAGCUGCUCAGGUCUACCCUCUGACUGCAUUAACCAGUCAGUCUCGUACAGUGGUCUUCUUACUCUGUACACUGUCUCUAACUAAUGCAGGUGGCAGUCUUGACAUACUUAAAUCUAAAAGGAAAUCUUUUUUUUUUUUUUACUUUUCUAUUUCCCUUGUGCUGUCCACUUAUUCUCAGUCCUGCUGAGAAGUUUAGAUUUUCAGAAAAAAAAAGUUGUGAAUAAUGCCAGAACGUUGGAGGCUAUAUAAAAAAAAAAAAGGACUAUGUACUAAUCAAAAAAAGGUAACUUAUGUAAAGUUUGCAAACAGGUCUCAUUUAAAUUAGCCUUUUACUAAAUGCACUUUGAAUUGUAUGAUAGAAUAUCUGCUGUUAUUUUUUUUUUCUUUGUUUCCAAAUCAACCACCUGUUCUUUUAUAUCUGUAGAUUUAUGUAAAUCAGUACAAAUAAAGUAAAUCUGAUUUAAAGGUCCAUCUCUCUGAGAUCAUUAUUCCAGUUUAUUUUUUUUACUUUAAACCAAGGAGGUUAUGAUUUUGCCCGUUGGUUGUUGGGUUUGUUUUCUAGCAGGAUCGUGCAAAAACUGCUGAACGGGUUUUAAUGAAACUUGGAUGGAUGGGACACAGGCCACAAAAAAAAAACAAUUCCGUUUUGGCCUGGAUCUGGACAAAGGGGCAGAUCCAGAAAUUGUUUUUUAUUUUCUUUAACACUGCCAGAUUGCAACCGUUUUUUCACAUUUCACCAUCUUCUCAGGGAUUAAUUCAAGGAUCUUGAUGAAUAAAGCAUAUUUAGAGGACUAAUAUCUGUGAGUGUGAGAAUUUGGUACAGCUGUUGGGCCUAUGCACCCUACUUAGUCCCAUUCUAGUUCAUAACUGUUUGAUGGCUUAUUGAUCACAGUUGUAUCUCUUAGUUAUAUCUCUGUCAUGCACACUUGUUGGACAAACAAACCACAGAGGGUAGCAUUAAUGAAUAGUAUUUCAGAGCGCAGUGGCUAGUUCGCGCUGGUAUUUUUUAGUUGCUGCAGCAGUGACCACAUUUCUCCAGCACAGAAGCUUCUAAUCCGCCGCAUGUAUUGACCCAUAGAUUUGCACAGAGAGCAGCUGAUUCAGCGGCCCUGUAAACACGAGCUGCCUUUUGCUAGACUGCACGACAAACAAGCAAAGGACAAAGGACACGUCAGUAUCGUCAUCCUGGCAGAUUUAUUUGAUGUUACGGGCAAAUAAAAAUCAACAUCCAGCUGCCCUGACAGGAAGUCUGUGAGUGAUCGAUCAACCCUAUCCAAUGUGUAAACAUCAAUACAUAAAUAGAUCUCAUCUGUAUUUUUACGUCAUAAAUAAUAGUAUAGUUCUCUGUUAAUGUUCUUUAUUUCCCAAAAGUCAGGAUUCAAAUAAAUACAGACACCCUUUGAGGGUAUUUAGGGUGCACGUACGUACAACACCUUCAGGAUUCUUACCUUCCGUUAUGAUUCAUAACCAUGAUUCCAGCUGACUCUUUCCCAUUGGGUCUCUGUUACAUUAUGGCAAGUUACCUUAUAAGCAACCUCACUAAGUAUCUCCGGUGUGACCUUGCUUUGUAACAGCUUGCCUUUUAAAUAUAUAUAUUUCUCUCAGUGCACUUGUGUGUUUUUUUUGUUUUAGUUUUUUUAAGGCUUCAGUGCCAACCAGUAGACUGCACAGCAUCGCUUGUCUCAAGUGAUAAGGUACUUUGGUAUCACAGGAGUCCAGUGAUUGAUAUCAACUCUCUAGGAAGCCUUC